AAUUCAUUGAUCAAACCCAAGAGCAAAACCCAGAAAGACAGUAAAGAAAAAACCACUAACCCAAAAGCAUCAAAAUGACUACUGGUUCUGGUUCUCCUUGUGGUGCCUGCAAAUUCUUGAGGAGAAAAUGUGUGAAGGGUUGUGUUUUUGCCCCUUAUUUCUGUCAUGAACAGGGAGCAACCCAUUUUGCAGCCAUCCAUAAGGUUUUUGGCGCAAGCAAUGUGUCCAAGCUGCUUGCCCAUCUUCCGGUCAAUGACCGCUGCGAGGCUGCCGUUACAAUUGCCUAUGAGGCUCAGGCUAGGCUUCAAGAUCCCAUUUAUGGCUGUGUUUCUCAUAUCUUUGCUCUCCAACAACAGGUUGUGAAUUUACAAGCACAACUAGCCUGUCUCAAGGAACAAGCAGCUCAGAGCAUUAUGAGCGGUACCUCAGCCGCUGCAAACACUAAUGAAAGAUACUAUGGCACCGGAAAGGCUCCUUCCCAUCAUCAUCCUCAAGAUCAUCUUCAAAGCGUGUUUCAUCAAAUGGAUAAUUCAAGCGUGUUUAACCCCAACUUCUCCCAUCAUUCCUCCGAAGUUUCUUUCUCCGGUUUCAUGGAUCCAAACUCCUUGGGGAAUUAUGAGAAUUCAUCAUCAGUUUCGGGAGAUGAUGCCUCUUUCUCAACAUUUGGAGAGAUGUCUUCUCUUGACAACAUGCACAGGCAAUGGAGUUUCCAUGAUUCCGAAGAUCUUCAAUCAGUGGCAUUCGGGUACAAUACUCAGCAUUCAUGAAGAGAUUAUCGCAUUUACAAUUGAUGAAGACGACAAUCUUGUCAAAUUUUGAUGAAUUCAUGCAUGCUGCACACUUUGGAGUAGUUAACAUGCACUUUUGUUGGCAUAAAUAAAUAAAUAAAUAAGUUUUAG